AUGGGCAAGUCCUUUGUCCGUCUGGGCGGCGACUCAAUCACGGCGAUGCAGCUGGUGACGCGGUGCAGGGCCGAAGGCAUCCUGAUCAAGGUGUCUGACGUGCUGCAAAGUCCUUCCAUCAGCCAGCUGGCCCUUGCGGCCCGCAAACUCGAUGUGGCCGAGACGACGCACUAUGAAGAGGUGCUGGACCAGUGGUUCACACUCUCGCCAGUGCAGCUAUUCUACUUUGGCCUGGCUGGAAACCAUGUCAACCACACCAACCAGAGCUUCUUCCUGCGGCUUGACCAGCCAGCCUCAAUUGCCGACCUCAGCAGCGACAUUGAGAGCGUAGUGCGCCGCCACUCCAUGCUGCGAGCCCGAUUUGGACUGGAACAUGGAGGGUGGAGGCAGAAAAUCACCACCGACAUCUCAGGAUCGUACCGAUUUCAGGCACACGACGUCGACUCGCGCACUGCCAUCGCCUCCCACAUGGCCAGCAGCCAGGCUGCCAUUGAUCCCGUCCAUGGUCCCCUCCUGGCGGCGGAUGUCUUCAACAUCAAGGGCGACGGCCAGCUGUUGUAUAUCGUCGUGCACCACCUGGUGAUUGACCUGAUUUCAUGGCGGGCGAUCCUCACCGACCUCGAGUCGCUCCGCAAGGCUCGCCAGACUAGCCCCCCUACAGCCCGUCUCCUUCCAGGCCUGGGUCUCUGCGCAGGCGCGGCACGCCCGCGACCACCUCCUGCUGGACCGCGUGCUACCUGCAACACUCCCCUUGGAACAGAACCCGUCGAGCUCUUCCUAGCGGCGCUGAACUACUCGUUCAAAGCCACCUUCCCCGACCGUAGUUUGCCAGCCGUGUAUAUAGAGGGCCACGGCCGUGAGAGCUGGGAUCAAGCGAAAUGGGACCUCGGAGGCACUGUUGGGUGGUUCACCACCAUCUCGCCUCUGCAUAUCUCACACGCAAACUCCCUCUUUGAAGCGGCUCGACAAACCAAAGAUCGGCGUCGCAGCCUCCCCCAGCACGGCGGACCGUACUUUGCCGCCCGCUACCUCACCCCAGAAGGCCGCGAGCGCUACGGAAAUCACGCGCAGAUGGAAGUCUUGUUUAAUUACAUGGGCCAGUUCCAGCAGCUCGAGGCCGUGGACGCGGUCUUGAAGCCAGAACCCAAGCAGGGUGACGAGAUUGCCGUGUCCGAUGUCGGUUCGACGGUGACUCGCAUGGCGCUGAUCGACGUCUCGAUCGUGAUCCUACAGGGCGUCGCUCGCUUUGACUUUGCCUUCAGCAAGCGGAUGGCCAAGCAGCAUCUGGUCCGCAGCUGGGCACAGAACUACAGGCACGCCCUGGUGGAAAUGUGCACUGUCCUAUCGUCAACGCCGCCUCAGCGGACACUCGCGGAUUUCCCACUCUGGAAAACGUCGCACGACGACUUCGAUCAGGUGCGCGCACUCGCCUUCCCGGGGGGCAACUUCGAGGAGGCAGUCGAAGACAUCUAUCCCACUUCUCCCAUGCAGCAGGCGCUGUUCCUCAGCCAGAGCCGCCAGGAUGGACUGUAUGAGACGGCCUUCACUUUCCGGCUCACCGCAGCCUCCGGACCAGUGGAUGUCGAUCGUCUGCUUGCCGCCUGGAACCACGUUGUCGACCGGCAUGCGAUGCUUCGAACAGUCUUUGUCGAGCGUGCCCGGGGAGAUGGGCUCUUUGACCAGGUGGUGCUGCGACGUGUCUCGCCGUCGACAAUCUGCAUUCGGCCCGACUCUGUCGAGUAUAUCCGGUAUACCCAGGACAAGCCCGAGGGUGCUGCAGUCCAGUACUGGACGACCCACCUCGCCAACGCACAGCCCUGCAUCUUCCCCUCGACCUGGAGCAACGAGCCUCCAGUGCUAGAGUCCACAGAUGUCGAGCUCACCGUCUCCCUCGCCCAGCUUGCCCAGCUCGGCGAGACCAUUUCCGCCACGGUUCCGAACAUCCUACGUGCUGCAUGGAUCCUUGUCCUACGAGCAUACACUCUAAGUGAAGAUGUCUGCUUUGGUUCUCUUGCGUACGGUCGAGAUGUACCAGUGAGGGGAAUCCAGGAGAUUGUCGGACCCUUUAUCAAUAUGCUGGUCUGUAGACUCGCCAUUGAGCCAUCGGAGACUCUCGCCACGCUCGUGCAAAAGGUGCAGGGAGACUACGCCGCCGCGCUGGAGCACCAGCACUUCUCGCUCGCGCAGAUCCAGCAUGAACUGGGCCAAGCUGGCCAGAAGUUGUUUAACACGAUUUUAUCAAUUCAGCAAGGCCCAUCGGGCAGCUCCCAGGAUGCAGAAUUGAACUUUGAGAACGUGGACGCAUAUGACCCCACCGAGGUAAGAUCUCUGAACCAUGAGCGCAAAAACGUCUAG